AUGCGGACGAUCCUCGCGCUGCUCCUCCUGCUCGCGCUGGUGUCGGUGCGGCGCGCGCUCGCGGGCGGUGAGUACUGCCACGGGUGGAGGGACGCGGCGGGCGCGCGGCACCGCGGAUUCCGCUGCCCCGAGCGCUACGACGGCGAGGGCGCGCGCUACUGCUGCGGCUCGUGCUCACUGCGCUACUGCUGCGCCGCACCGGACGCGCGCCUCGACCAGAGCACGUGCACCGCCGAGUUCGACUUCUACACCGAGGCAGCGCGAGACGUCCCUCCGAGCCUUCCCACUUAUCUACCCUUCGUGAUCGUAGUGAGCGCCUUCCUGUCCUUCGUUUUGCUCGGCGCGAUGAUCUCCGUCUGCUGCUGUCACUGCGCAGUGCCAAAACCCAGCAACCGGCCCAGUCCCACCCAGGCCAGUCUACUGGAAUCUGGAGGCCCUUCGCCUAAAAACUCCAACCCUUCAUGCACGCCCAACCCUGGUCUCCACGCACCUCGCCCGUGUCCAUCAGAUCUCAGCAUGUACAGUGCUUUUCCACCUGCGUUUGUUUCUCCGCUCCACCAGGGGGCGCCACAGUUUUACCCUAAUUAUCCUAACUAUCCGCUUCCACCGGAGCACACCAUGUUGAUCGCACCGGCAUUCCUGGACGCGCAUGGGCACGGACAUAGUACACCCUACCCUCAGGACUCUGUCUACCCUACCGUCACCGUCUGA